GAACAUAAUAACCCUUGCACAACUACAAUGACGAAUUCAGUUACAAUUUUGACUUGAAGUCUAACCUGUUUCAAUGUUUUCUCACCUGAAGGUGACUUUUACUGUUCAAUGAUAUAGUUAGAAGUGAUAAAUCUACAUAUGAAUGUUUAAUUAAGUAGAUAUUAUCUUCAUAAUGGUAUACCCUGAGGAACCCUUUUGGGUUUUACCCACGGUAACUGGAUUUUACGAAGAUAGAGAUUAUAGAGUAAAUGUAGUGGAAGCACUUCAAGAAUUUUGGCAAAUGAAACAGUCACGAGGAGCGGACCUUAAAAACGGCGCACUUGUAAUAUACGAAUCGAUUCCGUCCAAUAGCCAGCCUUAUGUAUGUUUCGUAACACUGCCUGGGGGUAGUUGCUUUGGUAGCUUUCAGAACUGUCCAACAAAGGCGGAAGCAAGACGUAGCUCGGCUAAAAUUGCUUUAAUGAACUCCGUAUUUAAUGAACAUCCGUCGCGUCGAAUUAGCGACGAGUUUAUUUUGAAGGCAGUACAGGAUGCACGUGCUUCCUUUAAAACAACACUACAAGGCAAUGAAGGGACAGAAUCUGGAAUCGAAGCUUUCAGGUUUAUGCUGGAAGCAAAUAAGGGAAGAACCAUGUUGGAAUUCCAAGAAUUGAUGACUGUAUUCCAGCUCCUGCAUUGGAAUGGGUCUUUGAAGGCAAUGCGAGAACGCCAGUGUUCAAGGCAAGAAGUAGUGGCGCACUAUUCAAACCGCAGUCUAGAUGACGAAAUGCGUGCACAGAUGUCUUUAGAUUGGAUAGCUCGUGAACAUGAUAGCCCUGGCGUUAUCCGAAGGGAGUUGCUUUUGGCCGAGCGCGAGCUAGAGACUUCUCGUAUGGCUGGUCGGGAAUUACGCUUCCCAAAAGAAAAAAAGGACAUAUUAAUGAUAGCUCAUAAUCAGCUGGGUGGAAGUAACUUGAACUCGGCAUCUAUUGAUCAUUUAUAAUAACAAAAGAAAACUGAUCUAUUGCGAAGUCAAAUUGAACAGAUAUUUAUAAAAUACAAAAAUCUCUCAUUGAGAACAAAAUGAUUA